AUGUUACACAGUUCAAAAGACGAAGGAAACGACGAAGAAGAAUGCCAUCCACUUGUUGAGAGCGCAGGCGGAAGUGCUCAGAUCAAGUCAUUAAGACGUUUCCCCUCCCUCCCCCCAGCAGCCGAAUAUAUGGAUCUUUACAACUUUUCCACUAGCAUUUCUCCUUCUUGCAAGUGGAAUAAGGGAUUAUGUUCGGAAGUCACACUUCUAGCUGCUGCUCGAGAAGAAAUAGGAUUGAAGCAAGUCAAAUUUUACGGAGGAAUCCGCUUCGAUGACAAUGAGAAGCAAUAUUUAACAGUCAAUCCCGACGAACCUGUCUACGUAGGUCCUCCGACGCCAGAAAUGGAUGAUGCAUGGCAAGCUUUACCGAUUCGUUUCAUCUCUGAAGAUGAGGAUAUCGCUGUUACACCAGAAGAGGCAAAAGAGGUUUCUGACAGAUCCGCAUAUGACAAGUACCGAGGUCAUUAUACAGUUGGAUUAGACAUUCUCCACAGUCUCCAUUGCCUCAACGCCAUACGUAUUGCACAAGAUGUCGAUUAUUAUCGAGCCCAAGGAUUUCACGAAGAGUGGUGGGCACGAUUCCAUAUAGAUCACUGUAUAAACCAUCUACGCCAGGUAAUACAAUGCCACGGUGAUCUGACACCAGCACCUUUGGUGCCAGCGUCAAGAUAUGCAUCAAAAAAGGGAUGGAUCAUGCCAGACUUUGACGUGGUGCAUACCUAUAGAGAUUUCAAAGCUAUUCGUGAAUGGAGUACUGAGAAACAUGAAAGUGGCAUUCGGAAAGCACGACUGGCUGCUCAGAAACAGAAUUUGUCAGAUUGA